AUGCCUAAGCAGCAUCAUCCUCAGCCAGUACCGCCAAAGUCCCCGUCGAUACCGACUCCCGCAGUCGAUAUCUCGAAUGGCAAUUCGGUGUCAGUCCCGGCAUGUCCGAUCCCUCCGCAGUCGAUCGAUUCCAGUCUUCAGAGCAUCAUUGGCCUGCUGUCUCCUUUUAGUGGCAUGCAGAGCACAGAUGUGGAGACGGAAUUUCUAUGGCAGCCCAUGGACUCGACAAGCUCUAGGAGUGAGACGGCCUCGGCUUCUCCUAGUUUGAGGGUAUAUACAUCGGAAGAAGAUAUAGCGAAUGCCUAUUACGUCUACAUCCAUCCAUACCUUUCCCUACUACCUGCUCCUGCAGUGCCACUGUACGAGGACCGGCCCAUUGCGUUUCAGCCCCCGCCUGGAGAAACCUGCACCGUUGAACAGUCCUCUCUACCGUACUGGCCGAGAUCCUCGUUGAGUUUAGCGCUAUGUGCGAUUCUAGCCUUGAUUCCUCCGGACCAAAAUCCGACCCCCUCUAGCGUGUGCAGUGUCUGGAUGAGGCGCGAAUACGCAAGGCUUUACGCACAAGCUGCGCUCACCAGCGCAGAGAGGGAAAUCGACGAUCUAACUUCAGUUAGCGGUUCGAACUUUUCGCCGGAACAAGGGAUCAUUCAUCCUAAUGUGCCAAUGCGAUUACAUCCAGUCCUAGCCCUCGUGGUGUUAAGUAUCUACGAGUACUGUCAGCGGGGCAAUGUAUCUCGCAUGCGCACCCGUGCUAAUCAAGCGAUGACGACGGCCAUGGAUCUCUCUAUUCAUAAUUUGGGAUCGAACGCUUCUGAGGCGCAACGGCGCGCAUGGUGGACGUCGAUGUUUACCGUACUUCUAUCGUCAAUUUUGCAGGAAACAUCGCCGAUCAUCAAUUCAUCUGACCCACGAAUAUCCACGCCUUACCCUAUAUUUGAUGCUCGAUCAGGGAAGCCGGAACCAUGGCCACUGCUGAUCAGGGCGCUAGAGUCCCUCUUGGCCGUCUCCGAUAUUCUCAGCGAUUGUGGAAUCGGCGGGAAAGCCCCUUCCACAUCGCCGCAUCUACGCGACCAAAUCCGCCACAUGGACGCUCAUAUCUUGUCAUUGAUAACGCAAUGCGACCUCUUCGCAGGCCCAGUUCGCAAAGAAUGCGUUGAAGGCCUUGCCGCACAAAGUCUGGGGAUGGUUGCUCGUCUUGAAACUCAUGUUGCCCGAAAUAAGCUCCACCGGUUUAGAGCAUUCAUGGACAUUCCAAUAUUUUACGAGAAACAUUGCGACCUGACUGCCAUUGAGGAAAAUGGCGUUCUGCCAGCGUCGGCCUACCCCAAGAGUCCUCCCGACUUUGAAGCUGUCUUCCCCUUCACCGAGGUGGAAUCGUCGAUUAUAUGUCUGAAGUCUUCCCUCACCAUCUCGCGCAUCUUCCGCACAUUACCAUAUCCCACAUCAUGCGGUCCCAGCAGCGCAGAAACGGGACAGGAGCCAGCAGAUCCGUUGACGUCUAAACCUGAUCUAUCUUGCAGGUACCCGCACGGUUUACCGUAUUUUGCAUGCACGUCCAUGCAAGCUGGCUACACGUUAUACAUGUUGCUGCAUCGGGUGCGCGCCGCAAUGGUGUCAGAUCGCCUUUCAUACUGCUAUCCCCUGCUUACCUAUCCGGAUCCGGCAACAGAGAUCCAGGAUGCCGAGAGGUUUAUGGAGGAACUACGACAUGGGGCUGAAUCAUUAAAUAUUGCGAUGAAGAGAAAUGCGUUGUUUGAAGGUAUACGUCAGAUGGCACGCGAGAUGGAUUCUGCUUAUAACUCAACUUUUGCGGAUCGCGGCUGA